AGAAAAGGUCUUUACUUACUGCGGGGAGCUGUCUAAGGUGCUGAAGCUUUCCAGGCGUUCGUCUCCUGCAACACCACACGGAGUUAGAUUGCACAUUUUCGUUCCUGGUUUUCAUCCCCCAUGCCUUGGAUAAGACUAAUUUCAGGAUCGUGAAAAUCUCUCCGUAUCAUGGCCCACGUGAGACACUUUCGGACAUUAGUUUCGGGAUUUUACUUCUGGGAAGCUGCACUGUUACUCAGCUUGGUUGCAACAAAGGAAACAGACAGCGCAAGAUCCCGAAGUGCUCCAAUGUCACCUUCUGACUUUCUGGAUAAAUUAAUGGGGAGGACAUCAGGGUAUGAUGCAAGAAUCAGACCCAAUUUUAAAGGCCCUCCUGUUAAUGUCACAUGCAACAUAUUCAUAAACAGCUUUGGCUCUAUCGCUGAGACAACCAUGGAUUACAGAGUGAAUAUCUUUCUCCGUCAGAAAUGGAAUGAUCCUCGCCUUGCAUAUAGUGAAUAUCCUGAUGACUCUUUAGACCUAGACCCUUCCAUGUUGGACUCCAUUUGGAAACCUGAUUUGUUCUUUGCCAAUGAAAAGGGUGCCAACUUUCAUGAAGUUACUACAGACAAUAAACUGUUAAGAAUUUUCAAGAAUGGAAAUGUUCUUUAUUCAAUAAGAUUGACAUUAACACUUUCUUGUCCAAUGGAUCUCAAGAAUUUUCCAAUGGAUGUACAAACAUGUAUAAUGCAACUGGAAAGUUUUGGGUACACAAUGAAUGAUCUCAUUUUUGAAUGGCAAGAUGAGGCACCUGUACAAGUGGCCGAAGGACUCACUUUGCCCCAGUUUCUGCUGAAAGAAGAGAAAGAUUUACGGUACUGCACUAAACAUUACAACACAGGAAAAUUUACGUGUAUAGAAGUGCGAUUCCAUCUUGAACGACAAAUGGGAUACUACCUGAUCCAGAUGUACAUUCCCAGUCUCCUGAUCGUUAUUCUAUCCUGGGUUUCAUUCUGGAUCAAUAUGGAUGCUGCACCAGCAAGGGUAGCCUUGGGAAUAACUACUGUCCUGACUAUGACCACACAGAGCUCAGGAUCACGAGCUUCCUUACCAAAGGUUUCUUAUGUCAAAGCUAUUGACAUUUGGAUGGCAGUAUGCCUCCUUUUUGUGUUUUCAGCACUUCUGGAAUAUGCAGCUGUAAAUUUUGUAUCAAGACAACACAAAGAACUUCUGCGGUUUCGACGAAAGAGAAAGAAUAAGACAGAAGCUUUUGCAUUGGAGAAGUUUUACCGUUUCUCAGACACGGAUGAUGAGGUAAGGGAAAGUCGAUUCAGCUUCACAGCCUAUGGAAUGGGACCAUGUCUGCAAGCAAAAGAUGGUGUGACCCCAAAGGGCCCAAACCAUCCUGCCCAGGUAAUGCCGAAAAGUCCUGAUGAAAUGAGGAAGGUUUUUAUCGACAGAGCCAAGAAGAUUGAUACCAUCUCUCGAGCCUGUUUCCCAUUAGCCUUUUUGAUUUUUAAUAUUUUCUACUGGGUUAUCUAUAAAAUUCUUAGGCAUGAGGAUAUUCAUCAGCAACAAGAUUAA